AGAGAGCAAGGCAAAGAGUGAGUCGUACAGCUGUGCCGUCCACAAACUAAACAACAGCACGUAAAAGACCCACCAGCAAGAUGGAACUGCUGAAGAUCCUGCCUUGGCGUCGUGCUGUCUUGGCAGUUGUCCUGAAUCUGCUGGCUCUCAGCCUCUCUACCACAGCCUUGCUUGGCAGCUACUGGUGUGUUGGGACCCAGAAGGUGCCCAAGCCUUUGUGUGGAAAGGGCAAAGCCACCAAGUGCAUCGGUGUGCACGUGUCCGCGGACGGAGGUGCUAGCAAUUCUUCAUCCCAGGACGUAGUGCACUACAGCUGGGAGACCGGGGACGACCGCUUCGCCUUCCGAUACUUCCACACUGGCAUGUGGCUUUCGUGUGAGGAGAACAUGGAAGGGCCAGAUGAGAAAUGUCGUAGCUUCAUUGAGCUUUCACCCCCCGCAGAGAGAGGAAUCCUGUGGCUGUCGUUGGGGUCGGAGAUGGUCUACAUCAGUUUGCUGCUCAUUAGUUUCAUCCUGCUGCUGAUAGAAAUGCUGUAUACUGGGAAUCCGGUUUGCGGGCUGAAGCUCAAUGCCUUCGCUGCUGUCUCCUCUGUGCUGUCUGGCCUGCUGGGGAUGGUGGCUCACAUGAUGUACUCACAAGUCUUCCAAGCGACUGUCAAUCUGGGGCCAGAGGACUGGAGACCGCACUCGUGGGACUAUGGCUGGGCUUUCUACAUGGCCUGGGCCUCCUUCACCUGCUGCAUGGCCUCUGCUGUUACCACCCUCAACACUUACACCAAGACUGUGCUGGAGUUCAAGCGUAACCAUAUCAAAGGUUAUGAUGGGAGCUUCAAGGACCAGUCACAGCACCAUCAGUGCUUCAUGCAGCAGCAGCACCAUAGGGAGCAGAUGAGCAGCUACUACCAGCAGCGAGACAAACCUCUCCAUUCCGUCUCAGAGGGGGUCGACUUUUACUCCGAGCUGCAGCAGAAGGUGCUACAGCGGGAACCGGAACUGGAGCUAGACGAGGUCUUGGGACAGUCCAUGGAAGAAGAUCACUGUUAG